CAUCUCCGCCUCCAGCAGCCCCAGCCCCGGCCCCGGCCGGCAGCGCGCUGCGGCGCCGCGCGGCUCGCUGGGAAGCGUAGUCCCGGGCUCGGCGCGUGGGGUCGCUUCCUGUUGUCGGCGCAGGGCGCUGCCGGAGCCGCGCUGCCGCAGAAUAACUAUCAGAAUCUAGAAGAAGGAAGCAUAUACAUCAGAUAUGGAGGAGGAUACCAAGCCUCUCUUGAUUCCUGUGGGAGGUGAUGAAAGUAAUUAUGGAAUCAUGAAUAUACAGUUUAGUCCAGAAGAUUUUAAAUGCAAAAGACCUUUUCACGUGGAGCCUACAAACAUAGUCAGCGCCAAUGAUGACAUGCAAAGAGUCACUGACGAAGCUUCAGCAAUGAAUAAGCGGAUUCAUUACUAUAGCAGGCUCACAUCUCCUGCAGACAAGGCACUGGUUGCUCCUGAUCAUGUACUUCCAGCUCCUGAUGAAAUCUACGUAUAUAGUCCAUUAGGAACUGCUUUUAAGGUUGACAGUUGCACAGAUGGCUAUGGUAAAAACUCCAGUAUAGUGACAAUAUUUGUAAUAUGGAAUACAAUGAUGGGUACAUCUAUAUUAAGUAUCCCCUGGGGAAUAAAACAGGCAGGAUUUACUUCUGGGAUCAUUCUCAUCAUACUGAUGGGCAUUUUGACACUUUAUUGCUGUUACAGAGUUGUGAAAUCACGGAAAAUGAUACCUUUAACAGAUACCUCAAACUGGGAAUUCCCAGAUGUUUGCAAGUAUUAUUUUGGAUCUUUUGGUCAAUGGUCAAGCCUCUUAUUUUCUAUGGUAUCUCUUGUUGGAGCCAUGGUUGUUUAUUGGGUGCUUAUGUCCAACUUUCUUUUCAACACAGGAAAGUUUAUAUACAACUUUGUUCAUGAUAUCAAUGUAACGGAUAUCGUUCCAGGCACAAAUGGAAGUAACAAAGUCAUUUGUCCAAAUGCUGCUAGUGAUCACCCACCACAGAACAGGAGUGUGAUGUUCUCUUCUGGCAACAGUACAGGUUUUCAGCUCUUCGAGGAGUGGUGGAGCAAAUCACAAACAGUACCGUUUUACUUGAUUGCUGUUCUUCUGCCCCUGCUAAAUCUGAAGUCUCCAUCCUUUUUUGCAAAGUUUAAUGUCCUAGGUACAGUUUCAGUUAUCUACUUAGUUCUUCUGGUUACCGUAAAGGCUGCUCAGCUGGGAAUCCACUUAGAAUUCAACUUGUUUAUAGAGAAUGAAUUUUUUGUACCAGAAUUUAGAGUUCUGUUCCCGCAGCUCACAGGGGUUCUAACACUUGCCUUCUUCAUCCACAAUUGUGUCAUCACUCUUCUUCAAAAUAACAAGAAUCAAGAAAACAACGUGAGAGACCUCUCCAUUGCUUACUUCCUGGUGGGAUUAACAUAUCUGUAUGUUGGAGUGAUAAUUUUUGCAUCUUUUCCUUCACCACCACUAUCCAAAGAAUGUAUUGAGCAGAAUUUUCUAGAUAACUUUCCCAGCAACGACAUCAUGUCUUUUAUUGCAAGAAUAUUUCUGCUGUUCCAGAUGAUUACUGUAUACCCACUGUUGGGCUAUCUGGCACGGGUUCAGCUUUUGAGACAGGUUUUUGGAAAUGCUUACCCAAGUGUUUUCCAUGUGCUUGUUCUGAACGUAGCAAUUGUAGGAGCUGGAGUAGCAAUGGCAAGAUUUUAUCCGAAUAUCGGAGGUAUCAUAAGAUACUCUGGAGCAACGUGUGGUCUGGCCUUUGUGUUUGUGUAUCCGUCGCUCAUCUACUUGAUCUCCCUUCGUCGUGCUGGGCAGCUGACGUGGCCAGCAUUGAUCAUUCACAUCUUUAUAAUCCUCCUUGGACUGGCUAAUCUGAUUGCACAAUUCCUAUUAUGAAAACCCCCUUCUCCGUGUGGCUGUCACAAGUGGUACUGUGACAUUUGGCCACAGCCUUGAGCAACAUUAUCACACAUGAUAAUGCAAUCUUCUUGAGAAAAUCUGCACCUUUGAAAUGAAUUCAAAACAUGUCUUUCAGGCACUUGAAAGGAAACCUGUUUUGUUCCACUAAAAACACAAUUUUGAGAUAAGUGAAGUAGUUCACAUAUCAGUGGGGUAGUUCUGCUGUUGCUGAAUGUACAUCAAGGGUUAAUGAAGCUUAAAUAUUUUAAUUUUUUACAGCUCACUUCUCAAAACACUCUGCUUUCAACUUUAAGUUGUAGAACUCCUCUUUCCUCUAAGAGGACUGUUCUUACCUUUAAUCUAAACAUGCUUUUACAAUAUUGUAGCACUAGCUGUUUGAAAUGUUCUUCUGUUGUAAUUGUUUUACUGUUUUGUUUGGAAAAUGAAUAAAUUAUUUUCUUCCUUUUUUUUUUUUUUUUAAGAAAGGUUCGUUUAUAGUCAUUUGGGUCAAAAUGAGCUCUUAAUUUUGAAUAUGCUAUUAAAUUGUUUUGGCAACAUUCUUCCUGUAAAAAAUUCCAACUACAAGAAACAAUAAACUCAUAUCCCAGUGUUUUACUCAGAACCAAUAUGUACACAAGCUGUUUGUGAUCUUAAAAUGAAAAAUGUCAGGAGGAUUAAAAAAAAAUAGAACAAGACUCAAAAUCAGAAUUCCAGGCUUGACCUCACAUCAACUCUUUUAACUAAGUGAAGUUGUCUUGUCAGGAGUUGUUAUGUGGUUCUGUGGAUGCAGUAUGCUUUGCAGGCUUGUUUCUUACUCCUUCAGAGGGUCUUAAUCUAGUGAUCUCUCACUGUGCUCUUCAGUGACAUUCUAGAUGUUUCAGUCCUGAACAGAGACAUUACAGGCGAAGCUAGCAUACUUCCAAGUUGUGCACUAAAGGAAGUAAUUCCUGUUUUAGGUGAUUCUUAAAAGAAACUGGAAGAAUCUGGGAAGGGUGGUGGGGUUUUGUUGUUGUUAUUACUGUUGAUUUUGUUUUGUUUUUAACAUCUUGUUUACCAACCAAGAGAGUGUACAUGUGUAUGUACACACCUUCCUUUACCUGAGAGUCUGAGUCCUGACUGAAAGUAUGUGUUUAUUAGGUUGGUGAAAAUUAGUGGCAGGAGAGGGAGUAAAAACUUCUCUUUGUACAGAGUUUCAGUGUAUUAAAAGAGUCAACAAAUGUGGAAUAAUUAGAAGUGUAAGCAAUGCUAAACUCCAUAAGUAAAAAAGGAAAAAGAUUGGAGAGUGAUGCAAUGUUUGUGAAGGAAGGGUUGAGUUGGGGAAGAGAAUUACACUGUAGAAUAAGAGUUCCUAUUUUUAUCAGAAAGACAAUGAAAAUCGUAACCUAGAUAAUCUAGGGAAUAACAUGAAUUUUUGUAGUGAUUAUGCAGAUCCAUUUGUCUAACAUAGACUCUUAAACUCUGUCUUCCAUAAGUGUCCUUUGAUUUGUGUGAAAUACACAUCAUUAUUUCA